AUGGUGACGGCAGCGGCAGCAGGGGCGGCAGCGGCAGCAGCCCCCUUCUCGACGACGAUGGGCCUCCUGGCCAAGGACAGCAAGAACGCGCCUGCAAAGAAGGUGCAGGUCCCCAAGAAGAACAACCAGAUCAAGGCGGCGUCGUCGGCCAAGAAGCCCAACCCGGGCGAGCGCAAGGCGUCGCGGAAGCGCAUCCAGCUCAGCAACAACAACGCGCUCGAGGUGGCCGGGCUCGGUACGCUCGAGGCCGGCACCAUGACUGACCCCGCCAACGCCGGCAAGAUGUUCGCCGUGCCCGACCAUAUCCAGGACAGGCUGCGAACGCUCGAGGCCUUCAAGCCCACCCAGGCCUGGUCCUUGUUCCGCAGGCCCCACGUACUCCUGCGCAGCGAGGUCGUCGACCUCGUGAGCCGCCUGCAGGCCUCGGCUGCCGAUAAGAAGGCCCAGCGUCUGGUGCUCACAGGUGCGAAGCUUUCGGGUAAGAGCAUUGCUCUUCUCCAGGCCAUGACGUACGGUCUCCUGAAUGACUGGGUUGUCAUCAACAUUCCCGAGGGUCAGGACCUCACCAACGGCAACACCGAGUACUCCCCCAUCGCCGACUCCGGCGAGCCGAUGCAGUUCGCCCAGCCGACAUACACGCUCAAGCUCCUGACGAGCAUCUACAACGCCAAUAGGGAGCAGCUGGACAAGCUCCGCCAGGAGAAGGAUUGGACGAGCACGACGAACCAGAAGCAGGCGGGCGGCACGCUGUCGGAGCUGAUCCUGAGCGCCAAGGAAGCCGACUGGGCGUGGCCCACCUUCAGCGCCCUUUGGACCGAGCUGACGCUUCCCGGUCGCCCACCCGUUCUCCUGACGCUCGACGGCCUGUCCCACAUCAGCAAGGUGACUGAGUACCGCGACCCGUCCUUCAACCGCGUCCACGCCCACGACCUGACCCUGGUGGGCGCCUUCGUCGACGCCCUGUCAGGCAAGACGGCCAUGCCCAACGGCGGCGCCGUCAUUGCCGCCACCUCUGGCAACAACGCCCAUCGCCACCCCUCGCAGGAGCUCGUCCUGUCUCAGCUCGAGGCCGGCCAGGCCGGCCGCGAAGUGCCCCUCCCCGAGCCCUACAAGAAGGGCUACGACGACCGCGUCUACGACUCCCUCAAGAACUCCACCGUCCUCCGCCUCGACGGCGUCACAAAGGAGGACGCCCGCGCCCUCAUGGAGUACUGGGGUGCCAGCGGCCUGCUGCGUGCCCGCAUCGACCAACGCACCGUCUGGGAGAAGUGGGCCCUCGGAGGUCACGGCCUCGUCGGCGAGAUGGAGAGGGCAUCUCUCCUGACUGUACGAGUCUGA